CCAAAUCGGGUCUUAGUCUCAGUGUUUUAUUUGGAGGGGAAAGUUUUCAAACAAGACCAAAAAUGGGAUUUCAAGUUAUUGGCGUGUUCCUAUUUUUGAUUUUAUCUUUUAGUGCUCAGAUCCAUGGGUCAAAGAUUUUGGCAGUGUUCCCCAGUACCAGCAAGACGAAUUAUAUCCUCGGGCAGGUAUUAUUUGAACAGCUUGCGUCCAGAGGCCACGAGAUAACAGUGAUAAGCCCGUUCGAAAUCGAGUAUGACAGUGAGAACAUUAAGCAAAUAAAACUGACCGGAAUGUUUGCUCAUCUAGAAGAUUACGGCAUGAAUACAAACAUCUUCACCAAAUGGGACAAAUCGAGCUUCUAUGGGAACAACAAUCUGAUCUAUGGGACGGCUGCCAUGGCGGACUACACUUUGGGUCAUCCCAAGGUUCAGGAGUUGCUAAAAUCGGAUGCGUCUUUUGAUCUGCUGCUGCUUGAUCAGGUGCUUUGCGACAGUUUGCUGGGAUUAGCAAAUCACUAUGACGUUCCAGCAAUAAUAUUCAGCUCAACAGCCACCAACAAGUUUUCAAACGAAAUGGUGGCCAAUCCUCACAAUCCCGCUUACAACCCCAUCAGCUCUUUAGGAUACUCGGACAGAAUGUCUUUCGAUCAACGUUUAUGGAAUACUUUAGUUUCCAUCUCGGAACAGUUCAACUACAAGUACCUGUAUCUUCCGUCACAAGAGGCAGUCUAUCAGCGACACUUUGCCAAGAAAAAUCUACCGCCACUUUUGGACGUCAUCCACAACGUUAGCGUGGUUCUGGUGAAUUCAAAUCCCAUGAUCAACUAUCCACGACCAGUUGUGCCCAGCAUGAUCGAAGUCGGAGGGAUGCACUUGAAGAAGUUCGACAAAACUGGGUUGUCUCAAGACGUCAUUAACUGGGUUGAGGCAGCCAAAGGAGGAGUCAUCUACUUCAGCAUGGGUGGUAAUGCCAAGUCAAUCGAUCUGCCAGCAAACGUACGAAAAGCCUUCACCGGUGCCUUCGGACAGCUAUCUGGAACGCUCAUCAUUUGGAAGUGGGAAAAUGCUACGCUGGAGAAUCAAAGCUCGAAUGUGAUCAUAGGGCCAUGGAUGCCCCAGCAGGAAUUGUUGGCUCACCCGAAUGUGAGACUUCACAUUACCCACGGUGGAUUGUUGGGAAUGAUUGAAUCGGUCCAGUAUGGGAAACCGAUUCUUGGACUGCCGCUUGCUGGGGAACAGGAAGUUUUAGUGGACAAAGCAGUUGCCGGAGGCUACGGACUUAAGCUGGACUACCAGAAUAUCACCCAGGAAAUUGUGUUGGAGUCCAUCAAACGAGUUUUGAAUGAACCAUCAUUUCGUGAGAACGCUUUGAAAAUGUCUCGUCAAUUCAGAGAACAGCCUAUGAAACCUAUGGACAAGGCCAUCUACUACAUAGAGUACGUUCUAAACAACGACGGUGGUGUGCAGAAGCUACGCUCCGGGGCACUCAGUUUAACCUUCUGGGAGCGACAUCUCGUUGAUGUGGCAUUAUGUAUUGUUACAAUCGGUCUUUUGCCGAUAGCUUUGUUUGCCAUUUUAAUUCAAAUGAUACUUCGAAAGAGCCAUCAAAAGAAGUUAACAGCUUCUGACAGGAAACCUGAGAAAGCCAAUGAUGCAAAGAAGAAAGUAAUAAAGAAGAAGACUAGCUAAAACUUGA